AAUGUAGAAGAAAAAACGGUUGUUGAUGAUGUGUAACAGUAAUAAUGUUCCUACUAUCCUUGAACCUGUUUGCCUUGAUCUUCAAUAUUUUGCCAUGUCCCAGCUCUGGAGGCGCGAAUCUACCAGAUGCUAGUCAAGAAGGAAUACUGAAGCAGUACACUAGCUAUGAUGAUCUUGCCUUGUUCCACUAUACAGUCCCCUCUGAAACCACACGAGCAACCUGGGAGUUUGCCUCCUUCCAGGAUGAGCCGGAUUGUCCAAGUCGUGAAGUACUAAUAUACCUCCAGUAUGCUAGUUUUCCUGUUAUAUCUCCGGAUAAUGCAACCUUUGCAAACAAUUUCUACACAAUAAGAACUGAUCUUCAUUACAUAAAAACUCACAGUGCCUUUCAGCCUCAUGAUUCUACUAUAUUCCCAAUAUACAAUCCCUUACCAGGUUCAUGGUAUGCAUUUGCCUAUCUUUCUCCAUAUGAAGAAAAAAUUACACAGCAAGGUCUGCUCCACAAAUGUCGCUACUCCCUUGGAUCCAUCGCCCUAUGGACCAAAGCUGACCAAGUAGAGCUCAUUAUCCCUUUCCAGAACAUGGAGUACUCAACCAAGAAGCAUUUCUCUUAUUACAAGUUCUACAUCUCGGACAACAUUGACAAUUAUAAGCUUUACAUAUCAAACUGUACCAUUAAACAUCAGAUAAAGGAGAGAAUAUUUGGAAGAAAAGACUGCAUAGAAUAUGUCAAUUUAAGAGCACGAGCAUUGCCGCGGCAUGAUCCUAAUGUUGGCGGAUUCACAAACAUCACGGAAGGCGACCAAGUCGUCUUCAAUGAAACCCGUCCUUACAAAUCUUCCUAUUACUACCUCCUUAUUGUCAGCAGUGCUGUUGUCAAAUUUAAUUUAGAGCUGAAGUAUAUUGAUUGUGGAAAGUCUGGCCUAUAUGGUCCUAAUCAGAGGAGUUGGUAUCUCACAGAACAGGGACUGCAUUAUAACUCUUCAAGAGACAACACCGACCCUAAGGAGCCUAAGGAUGGGUUUCAGCUGUUUACAAUAACCAACAAGUUGACCGACAAGGAUGAGGUUGUUAACUUUGACUUGGAUAUACCUGGCCCAGAGGACCUAGAGCCAAGAUGCUUCUCUAUGUUCGAUUUUAACAGAAUCGAUCUUGUAGAAGACUUCUCGGCAAACUAUGUUCUCCAGGGGAAGAGCUGGUAUACAAAAUGGAUUUCUGUCUCUACAAGAUUUCCUAUAAUUACAAGGUUUGAGACCCUGGAGUAUACUGAUAUUGGUGGAACUGUAAAUAUUGUGAUGAGGAUUGAAUCCCCGGAACCGGAAAUAAUCCAGGGGCAAUCCCUUCGCGUUUACGGGUGUCUCAGCAAAGGAAGGAUACCUUUGAUAUCUGAGGGUACUCUUGAGUGUGAUGAUGAUGAAAGAAUAGAGAUAUCUGCUGAUAUGUCAGAGCAAAAUGUUACCAAACUUAUUCCAUUUCCUGAACCUGGAACUUGGUAUCUGGCUCUACAGGCUGAAUGCCUGGAUCCAGAAACUGGAGAAAAGAUUGAUUGUUGGGGAAAUCUUAGGUUUGGAAGUGUUAUGACCUCUGUUAAUAUCCACAUCCAACCCUGUGGUUACAGACCACAGUCAGAUAUCUGUGGAGAAUAUGGUGUUUGUGUCAGAUCUCACAAGGGAAACUUCUUGUAUACUUCUUGUCGGUGUGCUAGUGGGUACAAAGGCUGGACCUGCGAUGAAACUACACAAGAAAACCCGGGACACCAGCAUCAAAGUAACACCCUACUAUUGACCCUGUCUAACUUGUCCUUCCUCCCCGCUAUCCUGGUCUCGUUGUACUACAGGCUCUACACCGAGUCCUUGCUCUACUUCUCCACAAUGUUCUUCUCGACCUUCUACCAUACUUGUGAUCAGGAUAUAAACCAUAAACAUCUUCCAGAGCCGUUAGAAAGAGCUUGUCAUGCCCUCUACGUUUCAAAGGAGGUUCUUCAAUUUUGUGACUUUUUCUGUGCCAUAAUGUCUUUCUGGGUGACCAUAAUCUCAAUGGCGAGAUUACCAGUAAAACUCGUCAAUUUUCUUCAUAUGUUUGGUGUACUGUUGAUAUCAGUUUUAGUACAGUACAACAGAAAUGGAAUACAAGUAUUUGCAAUCCCUAUUCCGCUUGGUGCCGCAAUACUCAUAAUUUCAACAAUUAUUAGAUCCUAUAAAAGACGGAGGUUACUUCGCGUAAAUAGAACCUGCACUCUCUGGCUUUCUCUUGCUAUAAUCUCUGCCUUGUCAGCUGUUCUUGUAUUUGCUUUGAUUGAGACAACCACUAAUUACCAGUAUGUUCACAGUUUAUGGCAUUGUCUCAUAGCUAUGUCUCUUGUUUUUCUUCUUCCUUACUGUAGGAGAGAAAAUGCAAAGCAUUCCUUUUAUAAAAGUGGAUCUCUGUCAAGUGAAGAAACUGAACCAGGAUCAAUAAAUUGGGGAGGUGUCCGUCCUCUUCAUCCGUCAACAAUAUCUACGCGUACAGCUGAUACUGAUACUGAUGUGCACGUUGAGGGUGUGACUGUAAGAGCAAUUUCUAUAGAUAGACUAUCUGACGUAGGACAGUCUAAUUGUUAAUUGAUUUUAUAAUUAUUUCGAAAGGAGCUUGGGUACCCGACUUUGCACGGAAUAUUACAAUUAUUUUCUUUGUUCAACCCCCCCCCCCCCCUCCUCCUUCCGGGACCCACUGGACGUGUGUCAUGUUUAUAAAUUAUGCUUGUUUAUUGUUUUAGAUUAUUAUAAAUUAAAAAAUAGUAAAAGAUGCCAAACGAUUUAAUCAGAUCUGUUACCAGCAUUUUGAUUAAUAUUAUGAUCAGCAAGAUUUUUAUUUUCUAACUUCCCCAUCAGGCGUUAAAGGAAGAAAAGGUUCAAGAAUCCAAACCACGAGAAACAGUUAUUAAUACCAUUUCCACGCAUAUCAGUAAUCAGUAUUCCUUAAAAGUAUUUUUAAACAACAAAAAAACCUUGAUCUAAAAGGGAUCAUGGUAGCGUGCGCCGGUUAGAUCAAGGAGUCCACGGGAAUUCCUUAGCUUCUUCAAUUGAAUUGAAUUGAAUUGAAUUGAAUUGGGUCAAAUUUUAAUGUAAAAUUGUACAAUAAUGCUCAGUUAGAGCUUGUUUGUUAUGUAAUAUUGUAACAUGUGCAUACGUAAAGUACUAGUCCAAAUAGAAAAUUUUAUUGCUAGGCUAGCAAAUAAUUUUAAAGCAUGAAGAUUGAUUAAUUCAAUUUUAAUUCAGGAAC